GUGCACUGUAGCGGAUGCGCCUUUGCAGCGGCACCUCAGCUCAGCACACACAUACACACACACACACAUACACACACCGCUGUCCACGCUUCGUACGUCUCCCUCCACCCCGUCUCUAUCCGUAUUGUCUCGUACCCACCCACAAUCUGUUUUUCUUGUUUUCACUUUCUUUUGUUUUCUUUUUGAAGCUCUUCUUCUUUUCGCAGUCGUGGAAACUGCAUCGAGCACCGUGUUGAGCGGCGUAUUCAGCGUGGCACAGUCGAGGUGGCCUCCCUUCCAUCGUCCAGCUUUGGUCGGCGCAGCGGGUGGAGCAACGUUAUCGGCGUAGUGCACGGCAGUCGACGGAACGUCACUUCUCCCUGGCGCCAUCAUUUUUCCUCCGCUGGGUCUACUGCGUUUAUUGUUGUUAUUAUCUUCGUAGCUGCCUCCCGCUGACGUGUUCACAGCCCGGGUGCAGUCGACGGCGCUGCUCAUACAUAUCUCUCUGGAUGUGUGUGUGUUUGCGUCUCCACACGAACUCAGCAGUACUGAAGAGCACACGUGGGACCUUCACCACUACCAUAGCUAAUACAUAACAAUAAUCAUUAGUACUAUUAUUUCUCCGCUCCGUUCGAACACCACAGAACAGGAAGUCGCACGUCGUUGUCGUUGUUCGGUGGUGGACGUCGUUGUCGCAGACGAGAACGUUUUCUUUCUUUUUCUUUUUCUGUUUCUUGGAGGAGGGAGUAUUGUGCUUCUUUGCGAUAAAGAAGUUGACGUGCUCUCUCUCUCUCCCCCCCCCCUCCUCCCCUCUCUCUCUGCUGCUGCUGCUUCCUCUCGUGUUGCUGUGCGCCUCCCUCGCCUCCUUGUUUCUCGACCGAAGCAGGCGUGUAUGUAUAUAUAUCGUAGCUUAGUUCUCUUGUUUCUUUACUAUUUUUGUAUUCAUAGCCCGUCUGCAUGAACUCGUAUUUGCCCGAGGAUGCCAAGGAACGGUUGGCGCACUACGUCUACCGCGGCGAGGACCACAGCUACCUGUACAACCACAUGUGGCGCCCGCUCUGCCGAAGCGUGGUUCGUCACUUACCGGUCUGGCUCGCGCCGAACGUGAUCACCGUCACCGCCCUGGUGCUGGUCAGCAUCACCCACGCCCUGCUCGCCUACUACAUGCCGAAGCUCACGGUGAAGGAGACGAACUACUUGGACCGCGAUGAAUCACGCAGGACGGGGCUGCCCUUUGCAAAGGAGUUCCUGCCGCCGCCGCCCGCCUACGUGCUGGUCCUGGCAGCCGUCGCGCUCUUCCUCUAUCAGCUGCUGGACAACCUCGACGGGCACCAGGCCCGCCGCACCGGGACCUCGAGUCCGCUCGGCCUGCUGAUGGACCACGGCUGCGACGCGGUGAACUGUGUUAUCGGCGGUCUGUCGGUGGCCGCCGUCGUCUCCGCCGGACCGUGCUGGAAGACGUGGACCAUCACCCUCAGCACCGUCAUCGUCUUCUUCCUCAACACCUGGGAGGAGUACUACCGCGGCGUGCUCGUGCUGCCCGUCAUCAACGGCCCCAACGAGGGCAUUGUCAUCGCGAUUGGCGUCUACCUGUGGACGGCGUGGGUGGGCGGGCCGCAGUGGUGGGUCGACAACACGCUGGAGGUGCCAACGCGGUGGCUGCCGCGGGUGCUGCGCCAGUCCCCGCCGCAGGCUGCCGUCGCCAUCGAGAACUACGUGCUGCGCACCGUCUGCCCGUACCUGACGUCGCACAACGACGACGACGGCGGCUUCGCGGCGGUGCCCUUCUUCUUCAAUCUGAACUGCUCCUCCGCGUACAUCGCGCACCCGCCACGGCCGACGCGAGUGCUGUUCGCGCCCGAUCCGGUGACCGCGAGGUACGAGGAGGCGGUGGCGGGGAGCGUGUGGGCCGGGCACGGGUGGGUCCAGCGCACCGUUCUCCGUCUCUACGGCGGGAGUCAGGAGGGCCUGCGCAUACGUUAUAACACCCUUGGCGUGGCCUUCAUGACGGUGACGGCCGCCAUGACCUGCGCGGGCAACGUUUAUCAGGUCUACCGCGCCAUCCGCCGCGCCUCGGCCGCGGAGCUGGCGCACGAGCCCGGCUACGGCCGCUUCCACGCGCGCUUUCCCUUCCUCCACGCGCUGUCGAAGCUCAUUCCACUGGUGGUGAUCACCCUGAUGGGGAACGUGUGGUUCCUGACGUCGCAGGAGGACGUCUUUCGCCGGCACCCGCGGCUCUUCUGCUGGACCGUGGGCCUGCUGUACACGAAGCUGGCGAUACACUUGAUGGUGUCGCACCUCUGCGGCGCGGAGUUCUUCCCCUUCCCGCGCACCUUCGUUCCUUUCGUGCUCUUCGGCGGCCACAUCUGCCUGACGUACCUCCACAACGUGGGCCAGCUCCGCCGGCAGCAGCUCCGCAGCGGCGGCGGGGGCGGGGGGGUGGCGCACGUAGGCCACGUAAACCGCAGCGGCUCGCGGGUGCCGACGAGCGCCACCGGGGCCUACUCCGACUACGCCUACGACCUCGACGAGGAGCUCAUCCUCUACGAGUUCUUCGCCCUCUCGGUGGUGACCUUUGCGCACUUGGUGUGGAACGUGGUGCGGGGGACGGCGGCGGUGCUGGAGGUGCCGGUCUUCACGGUGCCGCUCCAGAAGCAGGUAGCGCUGCGGACCGCCAUCGCAGCGGAGAAGGCGGAGCGGGCCAACAGCAAGCAGAAGCCGGAAACGAAGAAAGACAAGUGA